AUGCUACUGACGAAGCUUCUGGUAACACUGCUGUCAUCAGCGAUCACUGCGACAGCCGUUGCUCCUGAAGGACAGGCAGCUUCCGACGCAGCACCGCCGAUUAGCCCAGCUAGCGGCUCGCCGCCCGCGCCGGGAACUGCCGACAAUAAGCAAUCACCACCGAAGGCCUAUUCCGCAUCCACCUCUGAUAGCGAAGAGCAAGCUAACCAGGAAGCAAACAAAAGCGUCUUUGGCGCUGGCUGUCGAUGGGAUCCCACCAUUAACAACAUUGUGGAAGUCACUUUUCAGUUUCGCACCGGUCAAGCUCCUCCAUCCACCUGGUUCUCGCACGUCAACGUUCCGGCAGCUAAGAAUGCUGCCAAGGCGGACGCGAGCAAGCUUCGCCGUCGACAGACACCUCCAGCCCCUCCGGCUGCUCAUCAGGCUCCUCUCAAUGCUAAUCCUGUUGGAAACUCUGCGGUCGAUCCUCCAGCUCAUCAAGCUCCUCCAAACGCCAAUCCCGCCGCCGUGAAUCUUCCCCCUCAUCAGGCUCCUCCCAAAUCCAAUCCUGCAUUCCAUCCUGAAAACAAUCCUCCCGCUCAUCAUACGCCACCCCAUCCCAAUCCCGCUGUCAACCCUCCCGCCAGAAAGCCAGGCGGUCAUCACAAGCCACGCACCGGACCCGUGCUCGACUCAUCCUACCACACCCCCUUGAUCGACGUUCUCACCUACCGCGCGCGCUACGGCUCGUUCGGCUCGUCCCUGAGCAGUGUCGGCUGUGCGCUCCCCGCCUACUCGGAGCGACUCGCCGCGCUCGAAGCUCAAGAGCGCGACAUAGUCAAUAACUACACCCUGCUUCACAAACCCGACUCUCAACCUUCCGCCAUGUUCUUCUGGGCCGGCAUCUCCAACUACGAUCCCUCAAACCACGCCGAUCUCAUCCAAACCGUCAUCUUUUACGGCGACGGCUGUGCAGCCAACCCUCGGCAAGGUCUCUGCAUCUACUCCGCCGAGUACAGCGAUUUUCGGUACAACACCAACGACCACAUGUGUAUGGGUAGCAACAUGCCUGUCUUCUACCCCAUCGACACUCCGAUGACCAUAGUCUACCGCACACAGGCCGGAUUUAGAACGCAGGAAGCGUGGACCAACGGUAUGAUGGUCAGCUACCUCAGAUCGGCAGGGGAUCAGGUGAUGAACAGCUUUGUCAUUACGCAGGAGUGCAAGAACUGCAUUUGGCCGUUGAGCGAACAGGUGUACGAGAAUGUUACGAUCAAGUUCGAUAAACCGGAGGUAGGGUUUGAUAGGCUGCAGAGCUGUUCGGGUGGGGCGAGAACGAGUGGGAUGCCGAGGAUGGAGGAGGAGGGGAGGGUGUGGGUGAUCGAUAGGGUGACGGUGCCGAGUGGGAAGCAUGUGACGACGACCGCGGCGGAUGGAAGUGGUGCACCGGUGCAGGGUGAGGCUCAGGGACCAGAAACGGAGCAGACUGGUGCCUCGGAUGCCGAGAUGGGAGGGAAGGGUGCCGGCGCCGACCAGCACGAUGAUCAUGUCCAGCCAGGGGUCGAUGACAAGUCUGGGGCUCCAGCUGAUAGCACUCUACCUGCUGCUGCGGGACAGCCUGUCAAUCCUGAGGCUCCAGCAGCAGCUCCUGACAAGCCGGACAACGGCUUCAAAUCCGAUCCGAUCCCUGUUGCGCCUGCAGCCGGUCCUGAAUCAAGACCAGACAUCAUCUGA